UCAUCGACUGAGUGAAUAUGUAGAAUUAAUUAAUUAUUCUCCACUAUAUAUUUUGAUUGAUACAUGAUGUAUAUUUAGUAUAUGAACCUUAGAAACCAAAUCCAAAAACAACAACCUAGUGGUAACACUAGCUAUUAGCAAUGUUGAAAAGCCAAACAGAAUGGCCAGAGCCAAUAAUAAGAGUUCAAUCUUUAUCCGAAGGAUGCAUAGAUUCAAUCCCUGAUAGGUAUAUCAAGCCUCCAACUGAUAGGCCAUUUGUAAACUCUUCUUCUUCUUAUGAUGAUGAUGAUAAUAUCAAUAUCCCUAUCAUCGAUCUUCAAGGUUUAUACGGUGACGAUUUCGAUGUUCAAGCUUCGAUAAUGAAGCAAAUCUCCGACGCUUGUCGGGAUUGGGGUUUCUUCCAAAUCAUAAACCAUGGAGUGAGUCCUGAUUUGAUGGACAAAGCUAGAGAAACAUGGCGUGAAUUCUUUCACAUGCCUAUGGAGGUUAAGCAACAAUAUGCAAACUCUCCAACAACUUAUGAAGGGUAUGGAAGUAGACUUGGUGUUGAGAAAGGUGCUAUUCUUGAUUGGAGUGAUUACUACUUUAUGCACUAUCUUCCUUUUGCAAUUAAGGAUUACAAUAAAUGGCCUGCCUCUCCUCCCUCUUGCAGGGACGUGUUUGAUGAAUACGGUAAAGAAUUAGUGAAGUUAAGUGGGAGAUUAAUGAAGAUUUUAUCGAAAAAUCUUGGAUUAGAAGAAAAAGUAUUAGAGAAUGCAUUUGGGGGAGAAGAGAUAGGAGCAUGCAUGAGAGUGAAUUUUUAUCCAAAAUGUCCAAGGCCAGAAUUGACAUUAGGAUUAUCAUCACACUCAGACCCAGGAGGGAUGACUAUGUUGCUACCUGAUGAUCAAGUGGCAGGGCUUCAAGUUAGAAAAUUUGAUAAUUGGAUUACGGUCAAUCCUGCUAAACAUGCCUUCAUCGUCAACAUUGGUGACCAAAUACAGGUUCUAAGCAAUGCAAUGUACAAGAGUGUGGAGCACAGAGUGAUUGUAAAUCCAGACAAAGAAAGAGUUUCUCUUGCUUUCUUCUAUAACCCCAAAAGUGACAUACCCAUUGAGCCAUUAAAACAGCUUAUAACUCCUGAAACACCUGCACUCUAUCCCCCAAUGACCUUUGAUGAAUACAGACUCUUCAUUAGAACGAAUGGACCUCGUGGCAAAUCUCAAGUUGAAUCCAUGAAAUCUCCUAGAUAAUAUAAUAAUCAUCAUGCUCAAACACAUUUCUAUAUAUAUUAUAUUCAUAAAAUUGCACAUUAAUUAAUAAACUAUAUAGUAAAAAAAAAAGAUAUACAUGUUUUCAUCUUAGGCUUGAAAUAAUGGCCACUAAAGUUUGAAUGAUUUCCACCAAAGAUUGUUUUUUUCCUUGCUAGGUGACUAUUAUAAUUUGUCUCUGUCUCCAACUUCCCAACAGAUGAUUGUGGUAAUGAUGAAAUAUACAAUAUUUUUUAUUGUGUGGUACUAUGAAAAUAAUUAUUGAAUUCCACUAUUUUCGUUUGCCACUUGUUUCUUGUUCUAAAGAAUUCAAGUUUCAUUUGUAUUUAUUGUAAGAUCGCAUUAUUGUAUGUAUAUAUGCACGUGAUCGUGCUCUUGUUUUCUUUUAAAAA